AGGACGUGUACGCCUCCUUCUGCGAGCUGGACACUAAGGGCAUGUGUUAUCGCUUUGAGGUGUCGCUGUGUGGUCCUGCUAUUGAGCUGCACAACUGCAUGGCCAAACUGCUGUGCCAUCCACUGCAGAGGCCCUUCCAGAGCCACGCGUCCUACAGUCUGCUGGAGGACGAGGACACGCUGGAGAACGAAGCCACUGUGUGAGAUUUUACUCAGUAGACCCAUCAAAUCACCUAGAUUAGGGACUGAUGAACUCCAAAAUGAAGGAGUGACCUGUGAAUAACUGCUUUGCCUGUUAUAUCUGUACUAUCGAUGUCUCUUUUAUUUCUUUAAAACUUCAGUGUCUUAAUUUCCUAAAGCCGCCAUAACAAAUCUAAAGACAAUUGUGGAUGAGUUGAGUAUUGGUGGUUUGAUCCCAGCACAGGAUCCACUAAAUAAUCAGCAUUUAGAAUGUCACCUGUAAGUGAUUCAUGUGUUUGUGUGGUGGAGGUUCAGAGAUGAGCUUGUGGGAAUGGUGCUCAUUGAGAUCCGUUGGUUAGUGCUAAAGGUUUGGUGGGAGCACAUUUGGACAGCAUCUAAUAAAUACGGUUUGCUUGUUAUAGCCAAAUAAAUGAAAAGGAAAUACCCUGUGGGACUCUUU